AUGAACUCGAUGCGCGGGGGUAUGCAAGUCCAUGCUGUGCCCGAGAGUGAAAGAGCACUCGAUGCAUCUGGCAGACGUCUACCCUGGGGCUAUGAGUUUGCCGACGCAGAGAUAGGCCGCAGACGAGAACCCGAAGAAAAAGGCCCAUUUGGACGCUCAGUACGCCGUCGUGGUUUCUCACGCAGCAAGACAGCAACACCAGCACGCAAAGAAGAUGUCGUGCGACAAGAAAACAUGCAGACCGAGGACUUCAUCUUUGCUAAGUACAAGGACGAGCUCAAGGCAAAAGAUCCAGUACAACCUACACAGAAGCCCUCCGAAGCUGCUGCAUCACAAGUAGCUGCGGAUGCUGCUUCAGCAAAGGAAGCUACUGAGGUUAUCCUGUACGGCUUUGGCACAGACUCGCAAUGGGCUGCUAUCGAGUACUACGAACGCAUCUCCAACGGCAUCGUCUACGAGGACUACGAUCGCCAUCCGCCUCACCAACGCUACGACCACAGCUUGACAUACAGCCGCGCAAAGCUAGCCCAACGCUCCCUUUCACAAGCCGCUCUUCGCAAACGCAACGCCUACCGUGGAGGAGAUCACUGGAUCAAAGUCACCUUCGACAGUCCCGAAGCCGCAGACCUGGCUUGUCACUGCUCUCCUCACCCCAUCCACGGCUUCCUCGUCUAUGCAGAGCCCUUCCGUGGUACUGGUCCUCCCAACGAUGCUCCAAUCCCAUACUCAAAUGCCGGCGCUCAAAUCGACGGUCCAGCUCUCCCUCCCACCUUCAGCACUCGCGAUACUCUAACACCAAGUGACUCGUCCAACACAAUGUCCUCAGCAACAAUAACCGCCCAACCUACCUCCUCUACAGCCCUCGCACCCACAACAUCAACAACCACAACCUCCCUCUCGGCCCCCACACCCGCCCAAAACCGUCCCAUGCGCAUCCCAGGCGCCACGCGCGCUGUCCUGAAGCCCGCAGACAUGGCCUUUGCCGAACCUUCAAAAUCCGUAUCUUCGUCAUUGGCAACCUGGCCUGUGGUCAAUCUGUUCGUCGGUACCAAGGGCGAUGUGAUAGGAUCUGCCGUCCCUCGUACUGACGAUGGAAACUUUGAUUGGAAGAAUGCAAGUCUUUACUGGCUCAUUUUUGCUUGGUUGGAUUAUUGGUUAGGCACUGAUAUGUGUGGUUUAAGAGGAGAUGAUUAG